UAACUCUUCUGAAUGUCCUUUAUAGAGCUGGCAGUUUCAGGAAUAAGCAUAAACGUCAUUUGAUGAAAGAGCUAAACAUGCAUCUUGUUCUAUGCAUGUUAAAUAUAGUUUUGCUAUAUUUGUGGACAGCCUCUGAAGCAUUCUCUGAUGAAUGUCUGAAAGAGCCUCCAUGUUAUUGUAUAGGAAAGCAUGGAAUUAAAAUAUAUUGCAAAAAUGUAACGAAUUUGGAAUCUAUUGUACCUGUUAUAACUAAAUAUCCAAAAAUUUACAGGUUAGUCAUAUCGCAGUCUAAUAUUACUAGUAUGCCCGGAAAAGUUUUUAGUGGACGCAGUAUUACUGUUCUAGCUAUCAGCAGUCCUUUGGAGAGCAUACCGGAUGAUGCGUUAUUUGGAAUCAAGAAUUUAAAGAUUGUGAAUUUUAAUGGUACUACCUUCACUGGAAUUCCAGAAGGUUUAAUAAUACCGUCACUCACAACCUUGCAGUUGGUUCAUGGAGCCUUAACGAGUCUUGAAGAACAAAUGAAGAACAUGACAGAAAUAGAAACUAUUCUUCUAUAUAACAAUGUUAUAACUGAAAUUUCAAAAGAUGCUUUUCUUGAGACAACGUCCUUACAAUAUCUGGACUUGUCUCACAAUAAGCUUCAGCAUUUAGAUCCAGAAACUUUCGACUCUUUGGGUCAUCUAAGAAGCAUUGAUUUGAGUAAUAACCAGCUGUUUAACGUGGACGAGUGCUUCAAGUCAAUAAAUCCACAGACGAUAAAUUUAUAUGGCAACAACUUAAAAAACAUUGACAAUGCAUUUCCUAUUAAAAUGUGGACUUUAGAUUCGUUGAAUCUAGGGAAAAAUCCUCAGUUAAAACUUAAUCUUUCUGCUCUUGGGGAUUCUCUGAAGAAUCUGAAAAAACUGUAUCUUUCAGAAAUCAAAUUCGAUAAUUUGGAUCCUCAUCUAAUGGACAGCUUCCCAAAACUUAAGGCUAUAUAUCUGAACAAAAAUAAUUUAAUGAGCCUACCAGCGAAUUUUUUUAAAAACUCGCAUUAUCUGGAAACCGUUGAACUAAAUGAUAACAUUCUGAGUUCAAUGGAUGGACUAUUUCCAAAUGAUAAAGAGGAGUAUUCUUUCAAGAACAUUAGUUUGAGUGGUAAUAAUUUCAGUUCCAUUGCUUUGGAAGCUUCCCUUGAAUCGGUACAGAAUUUGGAUCUUAGUAGGAAUGAAAUAUCCUUCAUUGAGAGUGAUGCUUUCAAGAACUUGACUUCAGUUACGCAUCUUAAUUUAUCAGGAAAUGCUCUGAAUGCAAUAGAAGAAGGAUGCUUUUCUAAACAGCACAAACUCGAAGUUUUGGAUUUGUCAUUUAGUAGCUUAACAGCACUAAAUGGAACCAUUCAACAUUUAACGCAUCUUGCGAAUCUCACUAUCGCAUCUUCGUAUUUGGAAUCCAUUAAAGAAGGUGAACUAAUUGCACUGCAAAAGAUAAAAUUCAUUAAUUUGAAAAAUAAUAACUUAUAUUCGGUAUAUGGAGCAUUCCGGAAUCUCACUAGUAUAAAAAAUUUGGAUGUUUCGAUGAACAAUUUGACAACUCUGACAAAGGAUUCUUUUCCCAAUUUCAAAAGGAAAAAAGUCAACCUUUGGAUGGCAGAUAAUCCAUGGGCUUGUGACUGUCGUAUUUCCUGGAUUUUAGAGUGGAUCAGCAAGAAAGACUCCUUCUUGAAAGAUGAUCCUGUUUGUCAAUCGCCUCCUUCUCUCAAUGGUACAAAAAUCCGCUCUUUAAAACUCACUGAUGUAGAAUCAUGGAACGAAAACUGUCCGGAAAUAUGUGACUGUUUAUGCACUGCAGAAGGCGAAAAUAUCACCAUCAGUGUCAACUGUUCUGGAAGGGGUUUAAAUCAAAUACCGGAGAUGCCAUCCAACACUGGUAUUAUAAACUUGAGUCAUAACCAAAUUAACACAUUUGAUGGUUUGAGUUCCACAGAAUACGAAGAUUUGAAAAAAGUAGACUUGGAAUACAACAGCUUGAAAGAAAUAAAACUUGUUCUUCCUUCUGGAAUGAAAGAACUCAGAUUAGCUAGCAAUGAACUUGGAAGGUUUCCCAUCGAUGAAUGGAACAGUACAUCUUUAAGUUUAAUAACACUAUCCAAUAAUUCAUGGAUCUGCGACUGUGAUACUUGGGGUUUCAGGAACUGGUUGAUAUCCCACAACAGUUCAGUUUUAGAUCUAGAUGAUGUUCGAUGCGGUCAAAAUGAAAGAAGCUCUUUGAGGAAUAAACCUAUCAUCACACUCACUAGGGAUGAUUUAUGUCCUAAACCUUUUCAAACAGUAAACAUAAUACUGAUUGCAGCAGUCGCAGCCGCCAUCUUGUUUGUUUGUCUUCUGUGCUUCUGCUUCCGAAAUUCAAUCCAGACAAUUCUUUACUCUUGCGGUUGCAAGUGUCUAAAGAAACGGCCAAGACAACUAUUUGGAUACGACGCAUUCCUGCUUUUUUGUGAAGAAGACAAGGAUUUUGCUUUGUCAGUCAUCGCUAAAGGUCUAGAAUCAUGCUCACCUAUAUUUAAUUUAUGCAUUCCUACUCGAGAUAUUCAAAUCACAGAGGAGAAUGAUGACAUAAGCUCUGUUCUUGCUGAUUGUAGCAAAGUCAUUGUGCUUUUAACAAGAGAUUUCCUGUGUGAUCUUCAAUCCAUGCAUUUAUUCAAGAAGGCACUGUCAUUCUCAACGACAGAAAGUUGCCGCCGGAUUAUCAUUGUCACCAAUGGAGAACUUCCUCCAGUUUCUCAACUGGACAGCACCUUGGCCGCACUGAUGAGAUCUUGCACAUGCUUGCGGUGGGGACAGUUUCUCUUCUGGGAGAAACUUAGGUACGCCCUGCCUAAGAAAAAUCGCAGAUCUUUGGAAAAUCUCUUUGAAAAUGAAGACAGUGAACCUUUAAUUGAAAGCUCAAAAUAGUUCACGCAAUAAUUCAUUAAGAAAAUCUAAGAAGCAGAAAAUCUUUCCCUACAUCUUCUCUAAAAGAAAUAGAAUCACUGUAAAUGGUGUAUUAUUUUUCAAACAAUUGCCACCAAAUAUUAUCGUCCUAUAUUAUUUUUAAAGAAAUUAAAUAAUUGAAGAAUCUGCAUAAAUGUAUUAAUGGUUUUCCCAAUGUGAAAAAGUGACGGUACCUAAAGUCAUCAAAUUUUGAGCAACGCAGUUCCCUACCUGAACAUGUGCACAUGGAAACCCGAAUUUUGAAUUUCAAAUUUGUUUUAUUAUCUAUUUCAUAUUUUGUAAAACUUUGAUGAAUUUGAAAGAUUGAGAAAGGAUUAAGCAUGAUUUAAUUGGCAAUAAUAAAUGAAGGCGU